GUUUUGGGGAAGAAAGAAAAAAAAACCCCGGACGGUUUCUCAUUUGAAUGAAGGUUUGGAGAGGAAACAGACGGGCUCCGGUAACGAACGACGGUCAGCGACAUGCCGAUUCCGAUCUUGAUGGACAUAUUCUCAAGGAUUCCUAUAAAGACGGUCUUUAUCUGCAGGUGCGUUUCCAAAACGUGGCUUAACGUCGUCCCUGUCCCUGAGUUCCAUGAAAUGGCCAGCAGUAUUUGCCCUUUGCUUUGCAUCAUUAACCCACAACGGCGUUCUAGAGCCCUCCACAUGGUUCCUAUGGACACUGCCGGUGAUCUUGAUGAGAAACUCAACCUCCUCAACUCGAAGCUCUUCCUCCCAAAUAGCAACCCAAUGAAGAAAGAGGUUUUCAGAUUUCCCUCUCACCGUGGAUUCGAUGUAGUCAAUUCAUGCAAUGGAUUGCUUUGUCUACGGACACCCAAAUACAAUGAUCCUAUCAUGGUAUGCAAUCCGGUCACGGGUGAAUAUUUUCAGAACUUGCCGACACAAGGUGGUUCGAUUGGUCAAUCGAUCGGUUUCGACUCCUAAUGACUCUUAUUUUCAUGAUCGCAAGGCAAAGAUAUUCACGCUUGGUGAAGAUUCACGGAGGAGCAUUGGACCUGCUCCCCUGUGUCCGAUUGAGUCAUCAGCUACUGUUUUCCUGAA